AUGUGUACUACAAAUUUAAACAGACAAGAGCAAGAAACUAUCGAAAAAAAUACUGAUGAGCACAAAUAUGAAAAAAAUGUGACAAUAAGAUCUAAAAAAAAAUUACAUAAAACAUGUACCAGCUCGCAGAUGAAUACCUCGUUGACUUCAUCUGAUUCGGAAUAUGACAUAAAGAGUUUACCUGAUAUUUCAACCCCAUUCAAUUUCGAACUGGAAAUCAUAAAGGAAGAAUUGGAAAGAACUAAAAGCAUACUCGCUAGCGCUAAUUUGGAAAUAGAGAAUCUAUUGCUUGAGAAUAGCUCACUUAAAAAAAAGAAUAUGGAAUAUGAAAAGACGAUUUCUCAACUAAGAGAUACAUGUAACAAUCUUUUUUACGGGUCCCAAAAAUCGGUCAGUUCGGUACAGAAAAAGAAAAAUAGGAGAAGUUCUAUAUUAAGUAUUGAUUCAAACAAAGAAAAUGAGCAGGACAUGUUGAUUUCGACAAAAACAAAAUUGUUAAAUGGGCAAACUGAUUCUCAAUUGAGUUUCCAUAAAUGUCCGCUAGAUGGAACUUCAGAAAAAACGGAAAGUAAACAGCCGGUAAAACAACUCAAAGAACAGAAAAUUGAAACUCAAUCAACACAUAGUACAUUGGAGCAAAAAAAAAUUUAUAUACUGGGUGAUGAACAAGCGACAGGACUUGCGACUAAACUACUCAUGCAUCGAGAAAUUAGGGGUGAUAAUAACUACAAAAUUAUGUCAUUUAUAAAACCACAAUCUCUUUGUGCAGAUUCGUUGGACUACUCUAAUCAUAUAAUUAAGAACUUAAACUAUGACGACAAGAUUGUGAUUGUGACGGGUGCGAAUGAUUCUAACCCAAUCAAAUUAUUAAACGAUUUAAGCUAG